AUGGCUGCUGUCUUGGCACUUCAUUUCACAAGAAGAGUUACAGGUACAGUGUUUCAUUCAGGAGAUCAAGUGAGCUACUGUGUUCCAGUAUAUGAAACCCAUAGGCUUCAGCAUGCGGUCCAAAAAUUUAAUCUAGCAGGACAACAUCUCACAAGCUACCUUGCAAAGCUGCUAAAAGAAAGAGAUGAGUUUGGACUGGUUGUGGAAGAAGAGUCUGUUAGAGAUAUAAAGGAGAAACUGUGUUACAUAGCUGAUAAUUUCCAUUUUGAGCCUCCUUCACAAGUGCUGUAUAAUCUACCAGAUGGUCGAACAGUUACUUUAGGUAGGGAAAGAUACAGGACUUGUGAAGCUUUGUUCAGCCCACAGCUAUUAGGGAAAGAUCAAUAUGGCAUUCAUAAAAGAGUGCUUAAAUCACUUCUACUGUCUGAUGUGGAUUUAAGAAAACAAUUUGCUGGGAAUAUUGUUGUAUCAGGUGGAAGUGCUUUGUUCCCAGGUUUGACAUCUCAACUUCAAAAGGAAAUCUCUUCCAUGGUUCCCCUGGAUUUGUUGAACACUGUGAAUGUAUCAAGGGUUCUUGAUAAAGAUUUUGCAGUCUGGCGUGGUGGAGCAACUAUGGCUAAUUUGCAGAGUUUUCACACUACCUGGAUCAGCAGACAUGAUUAUAAUGAAUUUGGUCCAAACAUUGUUCAUAGAAGAUGUUUUUAA